UUCCAUUUGAUGAAGAUGAACGAGAUCCAAAAGUUUGGUUUCUUGACCAUGACUACUUGGAAAACAAAUACCAGAUGUUCAAGAAAGUCAAUGCAAGAGAGAAAAUUGUUGGCUGGUAUCAUUCAGGCCCAAAGCUUCGCCAGAACGACAUCGCCAUCAAUGACUUGGUGCGGCGGUACUGCAGCAACUCUGUGCUGGUCAUCAUAGACACGGAGGCCAGGAACGUGGGACUCCCCACUGAGGCCUACUACAGUGUCGAGGAGGUUCAUGAUGACGGCACACCAACCAGCAAGACAUUCGAGCAUGUGGCAAGCGAGAUUGGUGCUGAAGAGGCUGAAGAGGUUGGCGUUGAGCAUCUUCUCAGGGAUAUUAAGGACACAGUGUAUGGGUCGCUGGGAGAGCGCUUGACAAGUCAGGUGUUGGGUCUGCGUGGACUAUACCAGCACCUGACCCACGUACGCAGCUACCUGCAGCAAGUUCUGGAUGGUACCUUGCCUGUCAACCACACCAUCGUCUACCAGCUCCAGGACAUGUUCAACCUGCUCCCUGACGUGAGCAACCCAGGCCUGGUGACGAGCUUGUCUGUGAAGACCAACGACCAGCUGCUGGUGAUGUACCUAGCGUCGCUGGUGCGCUCCGUCAUCGCACUCCACAACCUCAUCAACAACAAGCUGGCUAACACCGACGCUGAGAAGAAGGAGACUGACACUAAGAAAGAUUCCAGUGAUACCAAGAAAGAUGCCAGUGACAACAAGAAAGAUGCUAGUGAUAAUAAGAAAGAUUCGAAUGACUCAAAGAAAGAUGGAAGUGAUUCAAAAAAGGACACAAGUACGGCGAAGAAGGACGCAAGUGAUUCGAAAAAAACUGGCGAUAAGAAGAAAGAAAAAGGCGAUAAGGAGAAGGAUACAUCCGCGUCUACGGGCACUGACAAGAAAGAUAAAAAAUGAAAACAAAAGAAGAGGGAGCGCAAGAAGAGCGGCAGGAAGCGGCGAAAAUAAAGAAAUGUGUCAGAGAAUUAGAGAAAAUUUAGAAUACAAGUAUUGAGAACUGAUUGAAAGCCAUAGAAUUGAAGAGACUUGUUGAUAUGAAAUUAGAUCCUAGGAUGAGGGCAAUGUGAGGCUGCAAGUAAGGGAAAAUUUUCUACCGAUAUGCAUUUAGUUUUCAUCAGAAUCGAUGAGUAAAGGAGGCCUGAGGAAGGCGAGAGAUAAAGAACAAGCCUGCAAAUGAAUAUUAUUUCAUUGCAACUUUGUAAGAGAAAAAAAAUUAGCAUAAUUGCUAGCGAGUAUCCGCGUAUUUAUUUCUCCAUGUGUUUUCCGGCUUAUUUUUGUUUAUAAAUAAACUAGAUGCAGAAAUGAGAGAUGAAAGCACACAUCAAAUAAUUUAAUUUAUUUGUAUUUCUUCACUAUUUUUGUACUACAGUUUAGUGAUGGUUGUUAUUAUUCUUAUCCAGGGUUACGCUUAUCUCCUCAAGGAUGACGAGAGAUGAAAUACUCGAAUGAGAUACGACUCGUAUUUAGAACACGGGUCCCUGCAUGAGCUCUGAGUAUACCAGCCAAAACCAUGAUCAACGGUAACCAUCGUCACCGCAAGUUUUAAUAAUUUUUGAAUGCAACCCAAGACAAAGGCCACACCGGAUAUAUUAGUGGGACCCGAGCUUCUUCACGUUGUUUACCUUACCCUGCCGCAACUGAUAUAUUUCCUUUCCAAAAUUUAUUGCCAAAAUUUAAAUUACUAUUUCAAUUAUGCUACCAUCACCCUUGUAGAACGGAUACAUUACUCAUGGGGAUAAUUACCAUGGCAAUUUAGGAACGGUUCUGUAGCACCUCCUCAUACGAGACCUGUCAUCAUUUCAUUCUUUACUAAUUUAACCUUUUACCUACAUUUACUUAUGUUGCAAAGUGCACUUUAAGUAAUGAUAUUGUAUGGAGAAUUGCUAUAGUAAUGGAAUGUCUUGUAUGACGAGAGGCGUCUGGCCACCUAAGGAACUACAAAUAUUGGGACGACAAUGGCGCUCCCACCCAGGGACCAUGCAUUUGGUUCGUUAUGAAAUCCACCAAUUUAUUAUUGCUGCUGCGACAAGGCGGCGACUACGUGCAUCGGUAAUGUAUAUUAUUGAGGCACAAAAUUAGUGAUCACAGCGUGCAUAUUAUUGGAACUUAGGCAGUCAUUCGGAUACCGAAUAAACGGUAAAUUAUUAACAAGAUAUAUUAGGACGCGAUCAGGAAGUGGCGUAUCAUUAGAACGCCAACGCAUUAUGUAGACUCCGUGGCCGUUAUGUGUACAACUAUCCUGAUGAUGAUUAGUGGUUAACAGUGUAAUUGCCACGCCUUAGCUGCCUGUAAACGACCAUUUGAUAUCGCCAGUUCUAAAGUAUUGGUUGUGCUAUUUCUGGUGACCGCGCGUGAGUGCUGCAUUUGUCUUGGGGUUCUUCUUCGUUUAGCUGCUGUUUGCCUGAAACAGUUCUAAUAAUUAGAAAAAUAUUAAAAAUCCCAUUCGUUCCAUAGGUUAACUUUUGCCUUCAGGUAAAUCUGGUUGGAAUAUAUUUUCAAGUAGUUAGCUGUUCUAUGGCUCUCUGGAUACCAUCUUGCUGGAGUAGUGACCCUAGUGAUCCGCCCGUCCCUAGCGACCUACAGUUUGUCAUCGCGCUUAUUGUAUUGUCGGUUGUUGGCGGUCAUUUCUUACAUGAUCAUUUGUGUUCUUGACAUCUUGUAAAUAUUCCAUUGCGGAACUCUUGUACGAAAUUAACCUAAUAAGUCAGCAUUUCUCUGCUAAUUUUCGGCAAUCUACACAUUUGCGUCGAGAGUUUGACAGUUUAUUCGAAGAUUUCUUAUUGUAAUUCGAUGAAGCUUAUCUGUGCCCUAACAUUAAAGAAUUUUUUUACU